GUUCAAGAAGUGGUUGAGUGUGAGUGAGAGUGAGAGCAGAAGAGAAGGCAGGACAGGGCAGGGCACGCGCAGCCACGUGCUCGAGUCUUGGCGAUGGUUUCACCUCACACGCGUAAGGUAGCAGCGCGCCAGUCGCGUCUCUACUGUAAGGUCAGGUAGCUGCCAACAACAGCCAACAACACACUGCGCAACACACAACCCCCCGCCAACACCACUCUGCUCUCAACGCAUUGCACUUCCAGUUCCCUCCUCCGAUACAGUAAUCGGCUCUUAGCCAUAUACAACACCGAACCGGACGCAGAACUGCCUCCAGGACGCGUCCAAACCCAACAGAACACGCGAACCAGCUCUGACACUACGAACGCGAACAAGAAAAGCAAGGCGCCGCCCAUGUCUGGACGAAUGCUGCGUAAUUUCCAGAGAAGAUAAGUCGGCGUGUGCUGCAAGCAGCCAUGUAUCUACCACGGACGGAUAUCACGCGCCUUUACCUCGACCUACUCAAGACGACCCAUCCGUCCUCUUCGCCUGUCCAGAUCCUCACUUCUCUCUCGGUCGACAGCAUAUGCGCUACGCGUAUCCUCGUGAGCUUGCUCAAGCGCGAUUUCAUACCUCACAAGAUUCAGCCCGUGUCUGGCUACGCGGAUCUGCAGAAGCAUGGACAGGAACUUGUUCUACCGUUGACGCGACAACGUGGUGGCGAUGGCGGGACUGUGAUCUGUCUGGGCUUGGGAGGCUCGGUCGCAUUGGAGGAAGUGCUGGGUCUGGACGGUAGGGGAGAAGAUGGCGACGUGGUGGAAGGCGGCAUGGCGGAACACGGUGUUGAUGUUUGGGUCGUGGAUGCUCACCGACCUUACAACCUGGACAACGUGUUUGGAGCUUCAGCUACCGUGUCCGAACUUGACGGUACUGCUGUGUCACGACCCGGUGUCAAGGAAGGCUGCAUUGGUGCUGGAUACAAGCAUGGCAAGGGAGGUGUCAUCGUAUUUGACGACGGCGAUCUCAUGGAGGAUCUGCAAGCUGAAAAAGAAGCAUACUUUGCGUUACAAGGCAUGCCCGAGAUCACGGAAGAUGAUAUAGCCAUGGUCGCCGACGACGAUGACGAUGAUGACGAAGAUAAUGACGAGGAGAACGAGGAUGCAUCAAGCAGUGGGCAGAAGCGCAAGCGAAGGCUCGACUCUGAUAAUGAAGACAGCCUGUCAGAAUCCGAUGUCGAGGAGAGUAGACCGAGGCGACGACGACGAAGCAAUUCAAGCACCUCUGUGCCGAUACCGUCCUCGCCAGGAGGCAACCCAUUUUCUGGUCAGCUAGAUGGGGCCUCCACGCCGCAGCCCGUGCCAUCUUCACCUCCGAUGCGCAGGGAGCCCACUUCAAAGCAGAAGAUGAAACAACUUUUGAACUUGAGGAGAAGGCAUGAAGCGACCCUAGACAAGUACUACGAUCGUGGCACGAGUGGUGCAGAGCCUGUAUGUAGCAUGAUAUAUGCUCUAGUAUCAGAGCUCGGCCGAGAAGAGAACGAGCUGCUCUGGUUAGCAAUUGUUGGCAUGGCUGCUGUUCAACUGACUCCAGCUGGGGCCGGGCCACGCGCGAAAUUGAUCCGCGAAACCCUACAAGAAGAAGUCAGGCGGUUGAACCCGAUACCAGAAGCAGAACUUCUGCGAUCCCAAAGCGCAGAAGCUGUCAUUCCUACCACGGCACGUAGUCCUACGGACACCAGUAUUCGUCUCUCGCCCGAACCUCGUUUCCUGCUGAUUCGACACUGGAGCUUAUACGAUGCAAUGCGACACUCUCCCUAUCUGGCCACACGUUUGCACCUGUGGAAUGAUCAGGGCAUGAAGCGGCUGCACAAGCUGCUUGCCAAGAUGGGUAUCAGUCUAGCUGAAGCAGGCCAGGGCUACCUGCACAUGGACACUGCUGUGAAGCAGACGCUUCGGAAACGCAUUCUCAAAUGGUCAGCACACUACAACCUCGAAGGUCUAGUUCCUGAUGAUAGCGGUACCCGCGGCAUGGAGAACUGGGGAUUUGUCCGCUCCUGGGGCUGGGCAGGCACUCUAUCAGCAGAAGAUGUGGCGAUAGUUGUUGGCGCGAUUCUCGAAGUCGGCACCGAUCACUCCCUUUUUCCUGAUCUGAAGUACGACAACAGAGCGACGACGGACUUCAAUUACAAUGCACGCUUGCGCAAUUUGCCUACUCCUCCGCAUAGUUCGGACGACGGUAUGGAUUCAGCCUUGCAUGAUAGUUCCGCAGAUGUACCAGACUACGUCACUCAGCGUUUUUAUCGCGCCUACGAUGCUUUGGAACCUCACAGCAGCGGUCUCAAGACUCUGCAGAGGAGCAUCCCUGCUGCGCAAGACCUGUAUCGAGCUAUUCUUCGUGUCGGAUCAUACCUCAUCAGCAAGAAAGUCCUCCGACAUCUACGAUCGUUCCGCAUAGGGGUGGUCCGAGAAGGUUCGGACUUACAAGUCUUCAUCCACCCUGGUGCACUCGUCAGACUGGCGAGCUGGGUCGGCGAAGCUGUGGCCGUCCUUGAAGCCGAGUCUGGGAAGGAGGCAGGUAAGCGCAAGGACCAGGCACUUGUGCUUGGCGCUCUCGACGAGAAUCGAGCGGUCUAUGUCGUGGUCGGCAUUGGCGGUGGAACAGGCUGGAAUGGUAAUGGCAAGAAGAUCCGAUCCAAGGCUGAAAUCAAAGAACGCGAGGAGAAGAAGAAGCGCAAGGAGGCCGAUCGCGCCGCAAAGCGAGCGGUGGCUGCACGAAAGCGAGAAGAGCGUCGACGCUUGAGACGAGAACGCAAUGCUGCCAACGGGCUUGACUCGGACGACGAUGAGGAUUCAGAAAGCGAGGUAGAGACUGAAGACGACGACUCGGAUUCCGAUGCUGACUCUGACGACGAUGACGAGACUGCUGCGAGACGGAAGAGGACAGGGCCAACAAAUCGCUUUGGGCAGGCUUUCCAAGAGGUGGUUGAGCAGACUGCGGCGCGAGUACGGAUUGACUCCUUUGAGCAUAGCGUGGUGGAAGUGAAGAAGGAGGACUUCCCCGGCUUUCUGGAAGCAUUGAGUUCGAAGACUGUGGUCUCGUCAUGAUGGCAGCGGGACGUUUCGUUGAUUUAUGCUUCAUGAUGGCGUUCGAGGUGCACUUGAGGCGAAGACAUGGUGAUGAAUGUUUAGAUUUUUCCCAUUGCAUACAUGGCAUUUUGGGUGGCCUUUUGGGAAAACAUGACGCAGAGACCCCUGAGAUACACAGCUGAUUCCUACUACAAUAGCGUGCGGUACCGCAGAGAAAGUAUAGAUACG